CUUGUCUUUGUAGUGGGAAAAGCUUGUUUGAAGAGAAAACGAGGUUGUAGCCCUUCUACAAAACACUGUUACUUAUUUUGACUGAUAACUUGAGAAGUCUUUGCUCUGUACAGAGUUAUUCAAACUUGACUGAACUUCUUGACCAUGUUUUAGGUGCAUUAAAAGCAGGGUUUUUUCUAACACAAGGUUUGCAUGUUAAAUGAAGAACUUUCAAACUCUGCAAAUCUCCGUUACUGUUAUCGGAUUGUCUGAAUGCUUCCGGAAAAUUCCGUAAACCUAAUGUUGUAAAAGCAAACUUUUGAGGAAAUCUUAAAGCUGGACACGUCCCUUUGUCUCAAUGCAGGAUGCAGCUGGAUGGGGUUGUCUGGUUUAGCCCAAUAGUUAACAGGGCUUCUUUAGUGGUUUUCGUGUGAGAUGACAAAACAUCGGCUGGAGCAUCAAAACCAGAGAAGCUCAGAGGGGUGGAAAGCUGUGAGCAGAGAGGAAAGUUAGUGAGCAAACACGCUUACAGACGUGUCAUUGUAUCUGGACCUCUGCGUGUUUUCACAGCGGGAACUAUCCAAGUCCAGAGGAGAGAAAAAGAGUCAGUCCAGACGCGUGGACACACACAAGCAUUUCUGUGUGCGACUGCCAGCAGUGAGCCGGCGAUAAAGUUGUGCCGAUAGGAGAAAAGCUUGUGUUUGGGAAUUUUUUUACUGAAAUUUAUGCUUGGACGCAUAUGUACAAGUGCAUGUCAGUGCUUGGCGGCGUUCAGGUCUUUGUGUGCAUCUAAGCUUGUUUAUGUGGGAGAGUUGUUGUUCCAUUUGGCCAACCUGCACCUGGAUGGACCUCUGAAACAGGUGAGGCAUCAGGAAUUUCCCUUAUUAGAUAUCAGCUGUUCUGUUGGCUUCAUUAUUCAAGGUGCUUUCCAGAAUCAUCAUCAGGUAGCAUCACCUCCAUAAUAACAACACUGCCGUGUCUGUUUGAUCCAAACACUCUGCAUCAAUCACAGACUCUUGGUGAGCCUCUCUCUCCUUACCUAAAGACAGUUUGCUCUCAGAUUUGGCACCAUGAGGUUGCUUUGCUUGGUAGUGACGGCCCUGUGCAUGGUGGCUAGAACGGGAAGCAUGUCCACGUGCAAAACUCUGGACCUGGAGGUGGUGAAGAAGAAACGGAUUGAGGCCAUCCGUGGUCAGAUCCUCAGCAAACUGCGCAUGGCCAAAGAGCCUGAAUCGGAGAUAGACGGUGAUGGACAGAAGAUCCCAGAUACCAUGAUUUCUCUGUACAACAGCACUGUUGAACUGAGUGAAGAAAUGAAGAUGAAGCCCGUUUCUGUGCAGGCUGAAGAUGAAGAUUACUUUGGCAAGGAGGUGCACAAGUUCGUCAUCCGGCAAGCUCAGAAUGGCACAAAGCAUCAGAUGACUUUUAACGUGUCAGAGAUGAAGCAGACUAUUCCAGACCACCGGCUCCUGUCUCAAGCCGAGUUACGGCUUCGGAUUAAGAGCCCUACAAUGGACCAGGAGCAGAGGCUGGAGCUGUAUCGUGGAACGGGCGAUCAGGCUCGAUAUCUGGGCACUCGCUUUGUCUCCAAGGAUUUGUCCAAUCGUUGGCUCUCGUUUGACGUGAAACAGACGAUAAUAGAAUGGCUGCAGGGCUCAGAAGAGGAAGAACGUUUGGAGCUGAGGUUAUACUGUGGCUGUAAAACAGACCGGCAGAGUACUGAUAAAUUCCUCUUCAGUAUAUCAGGACUAGACAAGCAGAGAGGUGACACUGCUGGUCUGGCAGAGAUGAUGGCAAAGCCUUAUAUUCUGGCUUUAUCUUUGCCUUCUAAUGGCAGCUCCCUUGCAUCCGCUCGCAGGAAACGAGCUGUUGGCACUGAUGAAACUUGUGAUGAAAAAACUGAGACCUGCUGUAUGCGGAAGCUUUACAUUGACUUUCGGAAAGAUCUGGGUUGGAAGUGGAUCCACAAGCCGAAGGGAUACUUUGCCAACUACUGCAUGGGCUCCUGUACCUACAUCUGGAAUGCUGAGAACAAAUACUCUCAGAUAUUAGCCUUGUACAAACACCACAACCCUGGUGCAUCGGCUCAGCCAUGCUGCGUACCUGCAGUCCUCGACCCUCUGCCGAUUCUAUUCUACGUGGGAAGACAACACAAGCUGUGUUGGCCUUGUGCUGACAUCUUCAUGAGGAACAUUAGUGUGUAUAUUUAUAGAGGCUUCAUGUUUUUCUCUGCCCUGUUUGACAUCGGCGGUGUUGAGUGA